UUGCUGCAAACAGCCGCCAUGCUUUGGUGUAUUUGAAGUUUUGUUAUUAUGGCAAUGUUUGGGGGAGUUAUCGCUGGAAUAUGUUUUAUAGUAUUCGUUUUUGCUAUACGUUUAUUGAUUGUUGUGAGGAAGGGAUCAGAAUGCAAACCAGGAAAGAAGGGCUCUGUCAGCUUGCUCGUUGUCGCAGGAUCAGGAGGUCACACCACAGAGGUUCUGCGCUUGGUGGAGAGUCUCUCUCAUGCAUAUAGCCCCCGUCAUUACGUCAUCGCUGACACGGAUAAAAUGAGUGAAGACAAGAUCCGAACCCUGGAAACUUCGAAAAAUGAAAUGGAUGCACAAGCAAAGUUCACCAUUCAUCGAAUCCCUCGUAGCCGUGAGGUGCGUCAGUCCUGGAGCUCCUCUCUUCUCACCACUCUGAAUGCCCUCCUCUACUCAGUUCCACUGGUCUUCAAGCUCAGGCCAGAUAUGGUGCUGUGCAACGGCCCAGGGACGUGUGUCCCCCUAUGCGUGGCAGGGCUGCUCCUGGGGGCCGCGGGGAUGAAGAAGGUCCUCAUCGUCUACGUGGAGAGCAUCUGCCGAGUCCAGACCCUCUCCCUCUCCGGAAAGAUCCUCUACUAUCUCUCGGAUUACUUCUUUGUGCAGUGGUCGACCCUAAAAGACAAAUAUCCCGGAUCGAUUUACAUGGGAAGGAUAGUCUGAACAACAGGGGGGAAAAAAAAAACACAGCAGCUCUUACCGGUUCACUUAGCACUAUCUGCUUCCUGGGGGAUGUCUUCUUAGCUUUGUAUUGAUAUUAAUGUUCAUACAGUACGUGGUCUGUAAGAAAUUUCACUAUGGUUACAUAUUCCGGACAUUAUUGUACACAGUAGGUGUACAAAAAAAUGCAUUAAAAUGUAAUGCCACUUUGUGUAGCCUGUGACUGUAGAAUUGUGAUUGAAUACAUGGGGCUAUGCGGUCAUCUGGGUUUUCUGAUUUUGAGAAUACACAAAAAUGUCCAAAUGACUGGGCUGCUAAGCAGACCAGUGGAGAAAAUUGUCCCGUCUCACAAUAUUGCAGGAAUGAGUGUUUUGAAAGCUUACUCUGAAAGAAUGCUGUAAUGAUACAGGCAAGACUCCACACGAACACUGUAAGCAGUGGUGGUAAACAGCGUCAUUCCACAGAGACUUUGCUGUCCAUUUCAGACAUCAUUCAUGUAAUCCAUCAUUUUUUCUACUUAAAAAAAAUAUAUAUAUAUUUUUUAAUAAAGGCUCCCUGAAAAAGGAAAGGGAAUUCCCCCAGCGUUUUCCCUUUUCACUGUACUAUUGACAUAUUUUACUUUGGGGCUCUUUCAAACAUCCGUUUCACACAUCAGAAACGGUACAUACACAUUAAAGCAUAUUUGUGGAGCACUGUCAGAUGUUGCUGUUCUUCCUUGAAAUUAUCUGGUAAAUUUGGAUUGCAUUCAAGCAUUUUUGCUAUGGAAGACAAGAUUAUUUAUUUAAAAAACAAAGGUUGUAAUUGUGCAGAUUGCAGCAUUUUUUUUAGUUAUUUUGUACGCAUUCUUGAAGGAUCUGCCAGUAGAUUUCCAUUGUCAAAGGUUUCCUGUCCAUUGACACUGUAGUCCCUUGAUAGCACUGCUUAGAAGAGAGGAAAUGGAAUAAUUGAGAUGUGUUUUGAUUUUCAGCACAAUACAAAAAAGGGAAAAUA